AUGGCGAAGAACAAUACACGAGUGGAAGCGGUAGAACAACAGCUGGGGACGAUGGAAGACCAGAUGAAAUCAAUGGAGCAGCACGUGGCGAGUCUAUUCGGAGGACAACAAUCGCUACGAACGGAGUUAACGGCAGAAAUUGAGGAGAAAAUUGCAGAAGCUACUCGGAAAUCGGAGUCACAGUUUGAUGAGAUGGCCAAACGGUUCGAUGAAUUAGGGCGUAUUAUGGCAGGGAUGCGUGGUAAGGACUCGACCGGCAAUGGCGGUUCACCAGCUAACACCACUGCGACGGCGGCGCGUGGCCGUCCAGAAGCCAGCAUGCCUUACACUAUACCGAUGCACCGACAAGGGGGCGAAUCACACAAUUACGGAAGAAAUUUCAAUGCGGUUCAGAAGGUUCUUAAACUGGAUUUCCCUCGUUUCAACGGGGAUAAUCCUCGGGGAUGGAUCCGCAAAUGCCAGAAAUAUUUUUCGAUUAAUCGGAUGGCGGACCACGAACGUAUUGUUUGGGCAUCAAUGCACAUGGAAGGUAAGGCAGACCAUUGGUUUGCCGAUUACUUGGAGGGUAGAGAUCCGGUUGAUUGGCACACGUUUGUGGAAAUGGUUUUGGAAAGGUUUUGUGAGGAAGAAGAGGAGAGUUUGGUAGAGACUUUCAACAAACUGAAACAUGAACACUCAGUGGAUGCAUAUAAGGAUAAAUUUGAAGAACUCAAGGCGUUCAUGUUGCACACGAAUCGAACUCUAUCGGAGGCAUAUUUCAUUAACAGUUUCAUCAGUGGUUUGAAGGAUGAAAUCAAGAGUAUGGUAAGGCUGCUCAAACCUCAGACGUUGAAGGAGGCAAUGAGCAAGGCAAAGUUGCAAGAGAAGGCCAUAGAGCAAUUGAAUAAGAGUUUAAGGCAAAUGCAGAAGAACAAUGGGCUGGUAAACUCUACUCGUACUAAUAAAAGUAUAUAUAAUGAUUUUUCAGCAAAACAAAAUCCUCUAGUAGAAGAGAAAUCAACACAGGUGAAGAGACUCUCUACGGCAGAAUGGGAAGAGAGGAAGAAGAAGGGUCUUUGCUUCAACUGUGAUGAGAAGUUCACUUAUGGUCAUAAGUGCAAAAGACUCUUUAUGAUUCUGGGCGAAGAAUUACAAGAGGAAUCCAGUGGAAGUGAAACCAUGGGGGAGGAUAGAGAAGAGGAAUUGGAACUGUAUAAGAUUUCAGUGUAUGCUUUGGCUGGCCAAGUAUCUCCUACUACCAUCAAAUUAGUGGGAAUGGUGAAUAAACAACCUAUUUCUAUUCUUGUAGAUACUGGCAGCACCCAUACUUUUUUAGAUCCCAAUACUGCCAAGAGGUUGAAAUGCAUACUUGAGCCAACCUCUCAGUGGAAAGUUUCUGUAGCAGAUGGAAGGAAGAUCUUUAGCAAGUACAAAUGUUCACAGUUCAAAUGGACUGUAGGUCAACACCAUUUUCAGGCUGGAGUUAGACUAUUGGAGCUUGGGGGUUGUGAUUUAGUGAUUGGGGUGGAUCUUUUGAGGCAUUUAGAACCUAUUACUUUCCAUUUCUCCAAGCAAAGAAUCACUGCACACUUGAAUGGACAGCCCAUUAUCUUGCAAGGUCCUCAGCCAGCAGUGUCUAUGCAAGCCAUUUCUGGGGAAAAGAUGGAAACCUUGAUUAAGAAAGGCAAGGUUAUGAUUGAUUGUAUCUGUAUGAUAGGUGGGAUGGAUGGUGAGGAUCCAAGAGAAUCUAUUACUAAAGCACUCACUGGGGUUUUGCAAGAGUUCUCAGACAUCUUUCAAGAACCUACUGCCCUACCACCUAAUAGAGGUUGUGAACAUUCAAUCACCAUUAAACCAGAGAUGCAGCCAUUUAAGAUGCAGCCUUAUAGAUACCCUUAUAUUCAGAUGAGAGAGAUUGAGACAACGGUAGAGGAAAUGUUGAAAACUGGCAUUAUUCAGCACAGCAACAGCCCUUUCUCUUCACCUGUACUACUGGUCAAGAAAAAAAAUGGCACCUGGAGAUUCUGCAUUGAUUACAGGAAGUUGAAUUCCAUAACUGUCAAAGAUGGAUAUCCAAUCCCUAUCAUAGAUGACUUACUGGAUGAACUGCAAGGAGCUAAGAUCUUUUCUAAGAUUGAUCUUAGAGCUGGCUAUCACCAAAUCAGGGUGAGGCAAGAGGAUAUCCAUAAAACUGCCUUUGUAACAGCUUCUGGCCAUUAUGAGUUUAAAGUCAUGCCAUUUGGAUUGACUAAUGCACCUGCCACUUUUCAGUCUCUAAUGAAUGAGAUUUUUAGAGCUCAUCUGAGGGAAUUCAUACUGGUUUUUUUUGAUGAUAUAUUAGUAUAUAGCAAGGAUCUCAACACUCACAUUCAGCAUCUUCACACCACAAUGACUAUACUGAGGCAGCAUCAACUCUAUGCUAAAUCCUCCAAAUGCAGCUUUGGGCAGCAGCAAAUUGAGUAUUUGGGGCACAUUAUUACUGAUGGGGUAGGUGUUGAUCCUAGCAAGAUUAAUGGAGUUAAGGAUUGGCCUCAACCUGCCAAUGUCAAAGCUCUUAGGGGGUUUUUAGGCUUGACUGGUUACUAUAGAAAAUUUGUCAAGCACUAUGGUAUCAUUGCUAAACCCCUCACUGAUCUCUUGAGGAAGGGUCAGUUUGAGUGGAGUGAAGCAGCUACUUUGGCAUUUGAUCAGCUGAAACAAGCUAUGUCUACUACUCCUGCAUUGCAGCUCCCUAAUUUCUCUAAAGUCUUCAUUGUUGAGACAGAUGCUUGUGAUUCAGGUAUUGGAGCUGUUCUGAUGCAAGAGGGCCAUCCUUUGGCUUUUCUCAGUAAAGCCUUAGGUCCUAAAAGUUUGGGGCUUUCUGUAUAUGAGAAGGAGUUCUUGGCAAUUCUGUUAGCUGUUCAAAAGUGGAGAGAUUACCUGGUUCAUGCCACUUUUGUUAUCAGAAUUGACCAAAGGAGCCUCAAGUAUUUACUUGAGCAGAAGAUCACCACCCCUAUUCAGCAGAAAUAUUUGGCUAAGCUUCUGGGCUUUAGUUACAAAAUUGAGUACAAAAGGGGUUGUGAGAAUCAAGCAGCUGAUGGUUUAUCCAGAAGAGAUGUGGAGUGUUAUUCUCAGGGUGGGCUGGACUCUUCUCUCACCAUGCUCACUGCAGUGCAGCCUCUUUGGCUGGAAGAGGUCCAAGCCAGUUAUGAAGGAGAUGUCUUAGCUCAAGAAGUAAUAGCCAGCCAGGCUUUGAGACCCAUGGAUGUCUCUGAAUUCCAUUAUAUGGAUGGAUUAUUGAAGUGGAAAGGGCAGAAUAUAUGUGGGGUCCAGUGGCUCUUUGAGGGGACAGAUUCUGGAAUUUAUGCAUGGGUCUAG